CUCCUCCAGCUCAGAACAGAUCAUGUACCUCUCAAUAAACACCUCCAUCGCAUUGCCAAACUCCCAUCCCCCAUCUGCUCCUCGUGCCAUCAGAAGGAAGGGUCAGUCUAUUACUACAUCUUGGAAUGCCCUGCCUUCAUCCGUCCAUGCAACAUCCUGAGAAAGACCCUGGGAACCUGCGACCUCACACUAAAGAAGCUACUCAAUGACCAAAAGGCCAUUUGUAAACUGCUCACCUUCAUAGUGCAAACCAAACACUUCCAUGCCACAUUUGGAGAUGUC